AUACGAUUGCACUUCCGAUUGAUUGUAAUCAAAGCAGAACACACACGCACACACACAAUGCAAAAAAUAUAUGUGGAAAAUGGCGCCUCUCGAACAUCAAAGUCAAACCAUUUGCAAGUCACACCGCCAUUUCAGACCCGUCAAAUGGAAAAACCCUGAUUCAGCCAUAAGCGAAAAAAAAAAUCACUUUUUUUUUAGUCACUCGAUCAAACAUGGUCAAGUUGUGUGUUUUAUGUGGCCAUCAACGGGCGGUUCUAAGAAGACCCAAGACAUCGCAGCAAAUCUGUCAAAAUUGCUUUUACUAUGUGUUUGAAACCGAGAUUCAUCACACCAUUACCGAUGCCAAGUUGUUUCAACGAGGUGAUAGAGUGGCCAUUGGAGCCAGUGGUGGUAAAGACUCGACGGUAUUGGCGCAUGUGAUGAAGACACUGAAUGAAAGGUACGAUUACGGCUUGAACUUGUUCUUGCUAUCUGUGGACGAGGGGAUUACCGGAUACCGUGACGAUUCCUUGGAAACGGUCAAACGCAACCAGCAGCAAUACGGACUCCCGUUGAAGAUUGUUUCGUACCGAGAUUUAUACGGCUGGUCCAUGGAUGAAAUUGUAGCUGAAGUCGGACGAAAGAACAAUUGUACUUACUGUGGUGUGUUUCGACGUCAAGCCUUGGAUCGAGGCGCCGUCAUGCUUGGUGUGGAUCAUAUUGUGACGGGUCACAAUGCCGAUGAUAUUGCAGAAACCAUCUUGAUGAACAUUUUCCGUGGUGAUAUUGCACGUCUGGGACGUUGUACUGAAAUCGUCACUCAAGGUGAAAGCAUGAUCAAGCGAUCGAAGCCGUUCAAGUAUACCUAUGAAAAAGAAAUUGUGAUGUAUGCGUACUUUAAGAAGCUCGAUUAUUUUUCGACCGAAUGCAUCUAUUCGCCCAAUGCGUACCGUGGUCACGCACGAACUUUCUUAAAGGACCUGGAAUCCAUUCGAUCCAGUGCAAUCAUUGACAUUAUCCAUUCCGGGGAAGCGUUCCAGAUCAAAUCCAAUGUCAAGAUGCCUGAACAAAAGACGUGUGAACGAUGCGGAUACAUGUCGUCCAACGAAGUUUGUAAAGCGUGUGUCUUAUUAGAAGGGUUGAACCGAGGGUUACCGCAAAUGGGAAUUGGCAAAGAAUCCAAAGUGCGUCGACAACUGGCUGAAGCGGGAGGGGAUUUGAAACCGGUUGCGACGGUGGUACAGCAUUUCUCACAAAUUCAACGGGAUGAUGCCGCGCCUCCAACUGUUGAGCCACGCGAUCCUAGCACGGUUUACACACCUCCACCACGGAUACCCACCGGCAUCUUGCCGCAAGAGGUUGGCAAAAAGAAGGAUUUAAGCUGGUAGUCGGUGUGAGUCACCAUUUGCAUUGCAUGGAGAUUUUUUCAAUUUUCCACAUUUUUCUCUCACAUAUUCUUUGGCUACUACUACUUUGUCCAUCACGAUCACUCACGUCUCAUCCAUUCAAUCACAGCCCGUGAAUCAAUAUAGAAAUUAUUCUUAUGUCAAUGAUCCUGCGUGUUUAAAAAUUGGCAUUUUUUUUUUUUUUU